AUGUUUUACGACAAAAGGUUUUAUGCAGGAGGCGCGCCGCUCUCUCCGCUCGACGACAAGGCCAUGUCCGUCGUCAACCUCUUGGUCCUCCAGCGGCACGACUCUCAGCCGCCGCCGCCACCGCACCUCCCUCUGCGGCUGGACUUCCCCGAAGCCGGCGCGGUCCGGCCGGCGCGCGCUCGGCCGCAGCCGCCCCGGCACGAGUGGCGGUACGCGUGCCGCGUGUGCCGCAAGCCGUUCCGCACGCCCGCGCUGGUUGCGCGCCACAUGCGCACGCACACGGGCGAGCGGCCGUACGCGUGCGCCGAGUGCGGCUUCACCUUCAAGGAGAUGUCGCACCUGCGCGUGCACGCCCGCAAGCACGCGCUGCGCGGAGGCGGCGGCGCCGGAGGCGGCGGGCUGGCCCCGCGGAGGUGCGACGCGUGCGGGGGCGUGUUCCGGCGCGAGGAGCACUUCAAGCAGCACCGCUGCUGCGGACGGGCCCUGGCCGCGGUGCAUGGACGCUGA